AUGACCAAAGUGGUGGGCAAUGUGGUGCAUUCUGGCCCUGAAAUUGCGUUCUCGCUCACCCGCUGUAUCAUCUACGGCGUGGAAGACAACGUCAUCACAAAACCAGCAAAUGCAAUCCCUUGGAAGCCUCCACAUGAGAUGAUGGUCGCAGAUAUGUUGCACCCAGUCAUCUACGCUAUUCAGAUCGAACGUCUCUUCGCAAUCGGAAUAACCGACAAACUCACACGGGAGCUGUGGCCUGUGGAUGGCUACGUUAGCACUUGCGGCCCAAGACAAGAAACGAUGCGCUGCGGAAAGAUAUACCCUGGUGAGACUGACGACGUGGAGGACAAGGACCUGGCCGAGUCAAAGACUGAGGAGCACGCAGAGGAGCGCUGGGUCCCACUGCUGGCUGAAGACAAAGCGAGUGGUUUUCUUGAAAGCUCGAUGCGAACGGGCUCAGAGCUUCCUGUUGCAAGGUACCUGGAUCUCCUCCGAUAA